UGACACCUGAUGUUUAGAGAAGAUGCAGGCCAAAGAGUUGUGCAAUAUCUCCAUAUCACCCUUAGUUAUAGCACCGUUUUCCACCCAAUGGUCAACAGAUAAUCACAUGUCUCUUAUAACGGAGAGGGGUGUACACGUGUUUGAACUAAUGCCCGCUCCAACAAGCCAAUACCCAAAUGUUAAUUUUGCACGAUCAUUUGUUAAUCCAUCAGAAAUAUUACCGGCGCAAAAGUUUGAGGAAGAAGUUGAUUCAAUACUAUGGAAUUUAGAAAAGCGAGAGUUAUACUUGUUGCUUAUGGAGGAAGCACUUACUCCAACCAUAAAUGGGGCCAAAGAUUUGGAGCCAAAGAUAACAAGCCUAGCGUGGUCACCCUGGUGUUUGAUGAAUCCUAACAAAUGUUUACUUGCUACUGUUACCUCCGCUGGGGCUAUUGAUAUCCUGUUCGAAGUAUCAAGGAAUUGGUAUUCCGCUUGUGAUCUCUCCAAAGUCUGGUUUAACGAAAUUUGCAAAGAAUCUGAAGAUACUGAAGCAAAAUUGAAAAAAGCUUCACCUGCUGAGCUCAGAAAAUAUCUCAGAGGCCUUCAGGCCACAGCAAUCACCUGGAGUGAAUUAUACAAAUCUGAAAAAAAUUAUUUUGCUUAUCUGGUCACUGCAUACCGCAAUUCAGAAAUAGCUGUCUGGUGUGUACCUGCGAUAUCUUGCACUACCUGGGAGUUAAAACCUUCCAUUGUUUUCAAGACCAGCGUUAGCUGUAAGACGAAAAUAAAUACAAUGAAGUGGGUUUCACUGGAUAAAAAAGUCCUCAUCAUUUUGGGAUAUUUUGAUGGCAAUGUGGAUGGCAUCAUAAUAGAUUUUGUCGAUGAUAAUUUGGGGAAUCAUAAGAUGACCAAGUAUUGGGCUAAUACAGAUCAUAUCCCCGUUAAUUGCAUCAAUAUCUGGAAAACUGCAGAACACGGAACACAGGUCGUCAUCUGCAAGGGAUUUUUUUUGUGCACUUUUCGAUUAUUGUCUGAUGGUACUGUUCAAGAUAUUGAGGUUGUACAAGUUCCAGGCUUCUCUAUAACAGGUUUGGUAGAAUUGAGCAGCAGUCAGCUGAUGAUUACGACCCAAGACGGUGGCUUAUUCACCAUUGGUUUUCAAAAUAAACAAUUGGUAUAUAAUAAUGUAACACAUAGUCUGCCAUGCUCUAAUGUGCAAUACUUGGGACUCGUAUGUUCUCUGAAUAAAUGUCUAUUCUUCAAUAUAACAAGUCCCAAUGUUAUGCAUGAUCAUUUAAUUAGCCGAGAGCCGAGUACAGUGUGUAUAUUUAAAAUCGAGGGCAGCAAAUGGAACCCUAUUCAAUUGCUGCGGAACAACAAUACGAAUUCGUUGACAAAACAUUGGGAUUGUCUAGAGAUGAUUCGGGUCCAAGCACUCAGGUCUCAAGAUUUGGACGACAUAUUACCAACGAUUCCAGACAAUUUAGACAAAUUAUCCAACUAUGAACUUCGCCUUGCCAUGUGCACAUCCGCAAUCGCAGAAACUUUAGAGAAAAAGAAAGUUCCGCGAAAAAGUACUAGUAUUUCAGAAGAAGUAUCGGAUGCUCGUCCCCUGAUUUUUCUGCGCCUAGCGUCUGAUCGUCUUGUCGAAUUGGGUUCUAGAAAAGAGCUAUCGGAUAAACAACGCCUUUCCGCAAGCUUACUGCGUUCAUACAUUGAAGUAUAUUUAGCUGGAGAAGAAGAAGAGGAGAGCGAAACUCCAUCGGUGCGAGAGGCAAAGAAGGCAUUAAGUUUGACAAGUCAUCUAAGCUCUGUUGAACCUGAAGCUUGCGAUAUUUGUGGAGAAAUUAUUACAGAACUUUCAUGGAAAACUACGAGCUGUCCAUCAGGCCAUAAGUUACCCAGAUGCGCGGUAACUCUUCUUCAAAUAUCCAUGGUGAACUAUCGAACUUGCCCAAUAUGCAAACAUGUGUUACAUCCCUGCUUGGAUGAGGAGUACAAUGAGCCGCUUUGCCCAUGUUGUGAAAUACCAGCUUUAUAUGAUAGCCGCGUACUCGAUACCAAAAGAAAAUCCAAAUUGCCAGUACGGAAUUUAUCCAAGCGUCAGGUUUCAACUUCGCAACAGACAAAAUCCCAGGGAGCUGAUCUACAGGAUGAGAAUAAAGAGGAAUUUUAGAACUCUGUUGAGUUUCAGUAAUUCCAAAGUUAUUUUUUUUAUAGAUAGAAGUGUGCCUGAAAUUAUUUUGUACAAAUUUAUGACAUUAAAGUUUUGGAAAACAACACUUGAGUUGUAGGUUGAAUAUCCUGUUUUCUAUUCACAAUAGAUCCAAACAUUUAGUCAAGUAUUGAACAAACUUAUUGUCAGAUGCGUUGCCAUGAAACCAAUACAAACAAUCUUCUAGCUUCAUUUCACUGAAGUGAGAACACGAUUGACAAAAGUAUGAAUAGUUUUUCGUUCCCAAGUGGAUGGUGACAGCAGUUCAAUUCAUCUUUUCAAAUAAAAAACCGUUUCAGUACAAUUAUAGAAUGUGUAUCCUACGUUCGAUGAAAUUACAGGGUAUACAAAGAUAAAAGGCCUGGCAAUGUCUACCGUACUAAUUACAAAUCAUACUGAAAAUAUCACCAAUCUGAUCCCAAAAAUUGUUGAAGAACCUGUCAAAAGUCCCAGGUAAGUUAUUGAAGAAACUAGCAUUCCAGUUGAAAGUGCUGACAUUUUGGCUGCAAUAUAUUCAGAAUUUAAAAAAGUGCUACAUACAACCCUUCCUGAU